GGGCCUUUGGAGUGCACGAAGCGGUGGGCUGCUCACGACACCAUUCCACAGAGGCUUGCUGAUGCUGUUUUCAUAGAUGGCUUCUACUCAUAAGCCGGGCGAGGCCGAUAUCGACCACGAGUUUGUCUCGUUGCAGAACAACAGGUUUGUUCUCCACGAUAGCAAAGGUUUCGAACCAGCUGAGGAAGGCAACGUGAAUAUGGUCCGAGAUUUCAUUGACCGUCGGAGAAACUUGAAGGACUUGAAAGAUCAGCUGCAUGCUGUUUGGCUUUGCUUUGAAAUACCUCGCGCAGGUGGACGUUUACUGGAGACGGGCACGGAAGAUUUCCUGACAUUGAAGCGCAAGGGAGAGCUGGGAAAUAUUCCCGGGAGACACUCACUGUAACUGCGUAUGACUGAUGAGACACCUGCCAUUACAGAAUGCAUAAAAGGAUGAGCGUAAAUUUCGUGCUGGGUACGAUCAUCAACAUUAGAAGACUCCUGCGUGCGCUUCCAUGCUUGUUCGCCAGAU